GAGAGAGAAAGAAAAUCUAGGGAGGGAGAGAGAGAUAGAUAGAGAGAGAGAGAGAGAGAGAGAGAGAGAGGGUUACUGCCUGGGAGACGCUGAGUCAGGGCGGGUGACCGAGACAGACAAAGGGACUAAUCCCACAAAAAUCAGAGCGCGCUGGGGGGGUGGUGUGGAAUUAGCAAAAAAAUGGAGAAGAUUACUAGUUCGGGUCUCUCUUCCUUUACCACUAUACGCCUGGUGUCCCCCACCACAUCUCCAGCCCUAACCCAUUCCAACUUCUUCCCCCCUCCCUUUCUCUUUUCCUCCACCUACUCUUUCGCCUUCUCAAUUUCAUCGCCUCUUUCCCUCUCUCCCUUCUUUCUUCUUCAGGCCGACCCGCGUCUUCGAAUUUAUCCGCAAGGUGGCUUUUGUAACCAUUCCUUUGGACGUCUGAUUAGUAUUUGCAUUAGAGGAAUUGGGUUUCAAGAUCCUUCCAUUGAUGGAAGAGCCUGGAGCCUCCUGGUUUGAGGGUACAGUAAACACUAUAAGGAAGAAGAGGAGUCAAAUUAUCCGCCGACCCAGACCUGACACGGUGCAGUUUCUUGACAGAGGUGAUCGUUCAAACUUAUCUUCAACGCCACCUUCAGAUGAUGCAAGCAAAGUCUCUAGUGAUGAGAAUACAGGAUUUGACACUAAUUUUAGGAGGAAAGAGUUUAAUAUUAAUCAGUGUUCAUUGAAGGGUUCUGCUAGCAGUGCAGGUGAGUAUCCUUAUAAAAAAAUUGAUGAUCAAUCAUAUAGCCUUGGAGGUUCGGGUGAUAGUUUUGAUCAGGGAGGAAGUAGGUUGAAUGGUAGACGAUUUGGUGAAGGUACCCAUCCUAAUUGGAAACUGACAAGCAAGAAAAAGGGCAUCUUGGAAUUGCAAUCAGAGACCAUAGACAUUCAUAGUGCAAGGACUGGUGAAGACCAGGGUUCAGAGCACUUGAGAGCAAAUGGGGAUAGAGUUAGAAAUGACAAGAAGUUCAAAAAGGUUAAGCUUAAGGUUGGCGGUGUCACACGAACGAUUCAAACGAAGUCUGAUUCACAUGGUGCAUCAGUUAAUGGGUCUGCUACAAAAAUUUCACGGGCUUUAGAUGUGACGCAAGCACAACAUGACAUGUUUCUCCAGGACAACUCCGAUGAUGAUCAUUCUCCUUCAGAUAAAAACAGUGGUAUGCAAGGAGUUUCUUGGAACAAUUUAUCAAGAGGCAGCUCUAGUCGUGGGAAGGCUGAUUCUGUGAUGGGGAAGAUGCCUAAGAAGAAUGGUUCUGGAAACCAAGGUGAGAAAUCAGAGCCAGUUCGUAAGAGCAAGCGGGUGCCUAAGAGGCGUGUAUUGGAUGGGGCUUUUGAUGAAGAAGAUGAAGAUGAUGAGAUUAGGUACCUGGAGAAACUGAAAACCUCUAGAGUUGCUGGAGGGAGUAAAGAUAUUGAGGAAGACUCCAGCAAGAAACAACGAUUCUCUAGGGUUUCAAAGAAUGCUAAGCGUGAUGAUAAUUUGGAAGAUUUUGUCUCGUCAAGGCCAAAUAAGGACAGUAAGAAGUUCCGAUCUGAAAGAGGAUCUGAGGACACAGAUUAUGAGGCAGAGGAACUGUUUUCCGAUGGUGAGUCUGAAGGUAAGAAGAAGAAAUCAAGGAAUGACUCCAUUGAUUCACCAAUUGAAAGUAAAAGGGAACCAAGUCUCACGACGCGUCAACGGGCCCUUUUAUCCAGCAAAGAUGCCUCUUCUGGAUCGGGUGCAAGCGCAAUUGAGUUUCCCAAUGGAUUACCACCUGCCCCACCUCGAAAGCAAAAGGAGAAGCUUUCGGAAGUGGAGCAGCAAUUAAAGAAAGCCGAGGCUGCUCAAAGACGAAGAAUGCAGGUUGAGAAGGCUGCUCGUGAAUCAGAGGCUGAGGCAAUUAGGAAAAUACUUGGUCAAGACUCCAGUCGGAAGAAGCGAGAAGAUAAAAUGAAAAAGCGCCAGGAAGAAUUGGCACAGGAGAAGGCUGCCAAUGCACUGAUGCUUGCCUCAAGCACCAUUAGAUGGUCCAUGGGCCCUUCUGGGACUGUUGUUACAUUCCCAAGGGAUAUGGGAUUCCCUAGCAUUUUUGAUUCCAAACCUUGCAGUUAUCCUCCCCCGCGUGAAAGGUGUGCCGGCCCAUCAUGUACCAAUCCUUACAAGUAUCGAGAUUCUAAAUCAAAUCUUCCUCUCUGUAGCCUCCAAUGUUACAAGGUGAUUCAUGAAAAGGUGCAGGAUGGAACUGCCAGUACCAGUUAAUAUUUUGCUGUAGUCUUGUCCAAAGCCUGAUGGAGGCAGCCUGCACAUUCAUAUAGAGAGAGUAGUAAGCUAGACACAAAUUUAUAUAUGCCUUUUAGUAGACGGCUAGGAAUUGGAAUGUUAGUGGUGAAAUUCUGUAACUUACAGCUGGAAAGGUGAGUAUAUUAUGCAAUUUUUGUUUCUGGUUUUGUGAAA